CUCUCUUGCCGGCAUCGGUGGGUAUAAAAGCAAGUGGAGUGGCUGGCAAUGGAAUCAUUAGACAAGUGUCGAGCCGCGCGUGCGCAACAGAGUCUCAGAGGAGGAGCAAGCCCAGCAGCGUAAAGUUGAAACCACAAACAGGCGACCACAACAUGAAGUGCUUUUUCAUCCUGUUGGCGACCAGCUUAGUGCUGAGUGUCCUGGCUGAGGAUGUGCCCGAUCAGGAGCAGGUGGCCCUAGCCUCCGAUCAGUCAUCCGUGGCGGUGGCUGCUGUCGAACAGGAUCAGGUGGGCGCCGCCAGCAGCUAUGCACCGCUGCAGGAGAAGAAGCAGGAGAAGCGCUAUGUUGGUGGAUACGGUGGCUAUGCAGGAGCAGGUGGCUAUGGAGGAGCUGGAGGCUAUGGCGGCUAUGGUUCCGCUCUAGGCGCUGGCUAUGGAGGAGCCUAUGGCAGUGGCGUUGGAGUGGAUAGCUACUACAACCCCUAUGGCUCUCGAUCUCUGGCUGGAUUAGAUGGUGCGGUGGCUGGUUAUGGCGGCUAUGGUGGUUAUGGCUCCACUCUCGGAGGCUAUGGAUCGGCUCUUGGUGGAGGCUAUGGCUCCGCUCUCGGCGGUUAUGGUUCCGCUCUUGGAGGCUAUGGGUCCGCUCUUGGCGGAGGCUAUGGAGGCUCUUACAACUCGAACCCCUAUGCUUUGUCCUACUACAACAGUCGGUUGGGUGUUGGAGCCGGUGGAACUGGGUACCCAUACUAUAACACCCGGUUUGGAGCUGGUGGCUAUCCCUCCAGCUAUUACACGAGCAACUACGGCAACAGUGUGGUCGGUGGCGGAUUGGGAGCCCUCGGUGGUGUGCCACCCAUUGGAUCCGGUUAUAACUAUGGAUCCGGCAUCUCCGGCACCGUCUACUAGGCAAGGAUCCAAAUCACCCCAAACGUUCAACAUUUAAGCUAGUGGAAUUUAUUUUUUUUUUCUUCGAUAUUUUUUCUAACUUAAUUUUUUAUUU